UUAUAAAAUGGGCAACAUCUUUUCAACUAAUAGAUCUAUUAGCUCUUUAUCUUCUGUAAUUGAACAUAUUUGUGGAACUUCAUCAAACAUGCCUAGUAGAAAAAGAAAAGCUUCGCUUAAUGAAAAUGUUUCUGAUAUUGAACCAAAACGAUUUAAAUUAAAUACUCCCGAUUAUGUUUAUCAAAAGCUUUUCGUCGAAGGUCUCAAUUCAGACAUCCAAAUCCAUGCUCUUGGGCAUACUUGGCGAUUACACAAACUUUAUCUUGAGCAAUGUCUCAAUAAUGUGUUUGCUUCACUUUACAAUAAUGAGAUUGAAAUUGAUGAACAAUACAUUUCCAGUAUUUGUGGAGCUGCGUCAAUGUUGAAUUUGGAAAGUGUGUUAGAAAAAUGUCAAAUACAACUGGCCGACUAUUUACGCGACAAAGAAAAACUUUUGAUUUGUCUUCGUCUUUCCGAUCGUUAUGGCUUUGUUAAAAGAAUGAAAGAGGCUAUUAAUGUUCUCAAAUACAUGUUUUGUCAUUUUUGUUUGGAUGAAACAUUUUUACGUGGAUUACAAAAAUCUUGGCUUGUUACUUUAUUUUCUCAACAAUUUGUUUGUGUACGCGAAAGUGAAAUGGAUUUGUAUCGUGCAAUAAGAAAUUGGAUUUAUCUCACUGAAUGUCCAUAUGCUCGUUUAGGAGAUGAAAAGUCAAUUGCUCUUUUCUUCGAAUCUUCAUUUUUUAACCGGCACAAAUACUUUGACUUGUUACGACUUUUAAGAGUUUCUCAUCUAGUCUCACUUCAAUCAAAUUUGAAAUUGAUUAGAGCUGAUGGAAUUAUUCCCAGGAAAUUACUAAAAAAUGUAAUUUGUGACCAAUGGCAAAUGUUACUUCGAUCUGAAGAGACAACCACAGGAUUCCCAGAAGUAAUAGAUGACAACGAAUUUUACGCCAGUUGUUAUCGUUUUGGACGUACAGGUAUUAGUCCUCUUUCAAGAAUAACUUGGCGUAGGUUGGGAUAUUUCUUUGGUGUUGAUUUGCUUGCGACUUAUGAUCAAGGCUAUUUACGUCUAGCAAGAAAUGGCUCAAUGGCUCCAACACAACAUCAACUUUCAGUAAAACAUGUUGACAUAAUGAAAUUACAUUACAGAUGUAUUGUUUGUGCAGAUAAUGGAGCUGUUUUAUUGGAUACUCAAAAACAGUCUAAAACUUUUAAUCUCGACAGGAAUGUAGAAUUGGGCAAAUUUAAAUUACCAUCAAAUGGUCAAAAGAUUUCUAUUCAUUUUUUCUUUCUUCCAUUUGCGCCGAUUCAUCAACCAACUUAUUAUUGGGACGAAUUGAUUUCUUGGAGAGGCGGGAAUUGAUGGCAAAAGUUUUGUUUUAUUUUCAAAAAUUACCUCUGAUAGAGUGUUGUCAUGAUCAAAGGAAAGGUUUUUUUGUUAGAAUUUUUAAAUUAAUUUUUAAUAUCAAUAAUAAUAUUCCUAUUCUAAAAUUUAUGGCCAAUUUCUCUUAAUUAUAACGAAUAGUUUUAUGCUAUUUCUUUCAAAGCUUUAAUUGUUAGCUUAUUAUAGAAUAGUUUUUUCUAGAAAAUUUUUACCUUUUGAAAUUAUUCUCGAAAUAAUUUUAUUAAAAAUUUUCAUUCUUUCGUCCAUUAGAUUUAAGCAUGUUUCUAAUCACCAAAAAGAUUUUAAAAAAAUUUUUCGUUGCCCUCGCAAAAAAUUUCUAUUGUUUUUUUACUUUAUGCCUGUCAAUACUCUUUUUCGCUAUUCACUUUCUAAAAAUUAUAUAUCUCAUUUCCUUCUUUUUAAUUUUAAAUUUAAAUCUCAAAAUAAAAUUUUUAAUUUACUUGAAAAACAAAAAUAAAGUUUUAUUUUUAAAAAAUAAUUAUUUUAAACGGGUAUACUACACGCAGCAACAGCUGAGGAAUGAUGAUGAUUUUCUGAAUUUUUUCUAUAACCUCUUCCACCAUUGUUAGUGGAAGUAGGCAUAUUGAAAGAAUUGAGUACAAUUGUUUGUCCGCCUCUGUAGUGCUCCUU